ACCCUCCAUUCCCCUGUCAUUGUUGUCCAGAAAGAGAGACGACUAUGUCGAGGACCAUCACCUACCAGGAAGUCCAGCAGCACCGAUCGACAGAAAGCUGCUGGGUGAUCCUUUAUGGCAAUGUCUAUGAUGUGACUUCUUUCCUUCCAGAUCACCCCGGUGGUAGCAAGAUCAUCCUCCAGCUGGCUGGAAGCGAUGCCACAGAAGAGUACGACCCUGUACAUCCUCCAGGAACCCUCGAACAGAGCCUCCCAGCGUCGGCCAAGCUUGGAUCGAUCGAUGCCAGCACACUACCUCAGACGGAGGUAGCACCACAGAAUACAAAGCAAGAGCAAGACGCAGAGACAAUGACCAUCGAGGAAUGCCUGAACUUGGACGACAUUGAGACAGUAGCAACACAGAAACUCAGCAAGCGAGCAUGGAACUACUACUACUCCGCCGCCGACGACCUACGGUCAAAGACCUUGAACAACACUGUCUACCAAAACAUCCUCCUCCGACCUCGAAUCUUCGUCGACUGCACCAAGUGCGAUACAUCCACCACCCUCCUCGGCAAUAAAGUCAAAGUUCCAUUCUUCGUCUCUCCCGCAGCAAUGGCACGACUAGGCCAUCCGGAUGGCGAAGCUGGAAUUGGACAAGCCUGUACGCCCUACGGUGCCCUGCAAAUAAUCUCCAACAACGCCUCGCAGACGCCGGAACAAAUCGUGGCCGGUGCUCAAUCAGACCAAGUCUUCGGCUGGCAACUGUACGUCCAAACGGACCGCAAGAAGAGCGAGGAUAUGCUGGCUCGUAUUCACAAGCUUCCCGCGAUCAAGUUUAUAUGCUUGACGCUUGAUGCGCCAGUGCCGGGCAAGAGGGAGCACGACGAGCGAGGGACGAAGAGUGUGGGUGCCAGUCUUCCGGUCAAAAAGAAAGCGAUGGAUGGGAAUGGAGCGGUGGGUAAAGCACUGUUUGCGGGCACAGCGCCGGACUUGACGUGGAAGAGUACACUGCCUUGGCUAGCCAAGCACACGCAUUUACCGAUUGUGCUGAAGGGACUGCAGACUCACGAGGAUGCGUACUUGGCCAGUCUGUAUGCCCCGCAGAUCAAGGGGAUCAUUCUGUCGAAUCAUGGUGGGAGAGCGGCGGAUACUGCGCCGCCGGCGAUUCACACGUUGUUGGAGAUACGGAAGUAUUGUCCUGAAGUACUGGGUAAGGUUGAGGUGUGGGUUGACGGUGGGAUCAAGCGUGGCACGGAUAUCGUCAAGGCACUUGCGCUGGGUGCUAAAGGGGUAGGGCUCGGUAGAGCACCGCUGUUCGGACUGUCAGCGGGUGGGAAAGCGGGCGUUGAGAGAGUAUUGGAGAUUUUGAAGGCAGAGACAGAGACGGCGAUGCGAUUGCUUGGAUGUGAGACUGUUGAUCAGCUCAAGCCACACCAUGUGAAUGCUAGAGCGGUGGAGAGGGACGUGUAUGAUGGUGCUGCCGGACUGGAGAAACUUGAAAUGUGGGUUCGUAGCAAAUUAUAGGCUUGCGAGGCACGGCUGGAGGCAUUAUCAAAGCGAACGACUUGUAUUCCAGA